AUGUACAUCAGGCAACUUAAUGAAGAGCUUGAUCUUCCAUGGCUCAUGCUCGGAGCUUUUAAUGAAAUAAUGUAUGCUUAUGAGAAGGAUGGUGGUAAUCCGCGACCUUUGAUUAUGAUGCAAAAAUUCAGAGAAUGCAUUGCGGACUGUGGCCUGGAGGAUAUGGGUUUCUUUGGUGAUGUUUUCACUUGGAGCAGAAAUGGAAUCAGAGAGCGGCUAGACCGAGCUGUCUGUAACGAGAGAUGGGCGGCCUUGUUUCCCAUGUUUGGAGUAAUUAAUGAAGCCCCUGUCCAUUCAGAUCAUCGUCCCAUUGUGGUGGAUACUGAGGUCCAUGCUGGGGCUCUUGCUCCAUGGAGCAGUGGCACAAAAUUCUUUGAAGCUCGCUGGCUAAAGGAGGAGACUGUUGAAACUAUUGUUAAUACUGCUUGGGCCAAGGCUGUGGCUAGUGGCGCGAGAGGCAUUGCUGCUAUAACUAAGCUUGUUCAUGAAGACAUGCAUACUUGGGAUUGCCGUGUUUUGAAAGGUCCAGUGAACAGAAUCAAGAGAUUGAAGCAGGAACUUGAGGAAAUAUACUGGAUGCAGAGAGGUCGUGCUAAUUGGCUCCUCCAUGGAGACAGGAAUAAUGCCUUCUUCCAUCAUUCUGCUACUCAAAGGAAGAAGCGGAACCACAUUACCAAGUUGAUUGAUGAGUCGGGUAUUUGGCAUGAAGUCGGAGGUUCAUGA